AUGGCGCCGCUACCCAUCAAGUUCACGGAGCUGUUGCAGCUUAGUUCGAUCGGUGUACAGGUAAUCAUCAAUCAAAACUGCUUCAACUCCUGCACACUCGAAUCCGACAACUUCGUCUGUGUGCGACAGGUACAAGAAGGCAAUGCACAGCCUGAGGUGCUCAUUGUCAACCUCAAAAAUGGCAACAAUGUUAUGCGGCGGCCGAUCAAGGCCGAUAGUGCCAUCAUGCAUUACAAUCGCGAGAUCAUCGCCCUGAAAGCCGGCGGCAAGACCCUCCAAAUCUUCGACCUGGCGGCCAAGAGCAAGAUCAAGAGCACUACCAUGAGCGAGGAUGUGGUGUUUUGGAAAUGGUUCAACGAGACAUCGCUCGGCCUUGUUACUGACACCGGCGUCUAUCACUGGAACAUUUUCGACCCUGCACAAGUCGCACCACAGAAAGUCUUCGAUCGCAACCAGAACCUCUCUGGCUGCCAGAUCAUCAACUACCGCGUCAGCGACGAUGAUUCGUGGAUGGUUGUGGUGGGCAUCUCACAACAGCAGGGCCGCGUGGUUGGCAGCAUGCAGCUCUACAGCAAGGUGAGAGGCAUCAGUCAGUCUAUCGAAGGUCAUGCUGCUGCCUUUGGGACCUUUCGCAUGGAGGACGCGCCGGCGGACACCAAGCUGUUCACUUUUGCGAACCGUGGAGCAUCUGGCGCAAAGCUACACAUCGUGGAGGUCGACCACCAGCAGCCAAACCCGGUAUUUCAGAAGCGUGCAGUGGACAUCUACUUUCCAGCGGAGGCGACAAACGACUUCCCGGUGGCUAUGCAGGUGUCAAGCAAAUACAAGGUCAUCUAUAUGGUCACCAAGUACGGCUUCAUCCACAUCUACGACCUCGAGACCGGCACGACCAUAUUCAUGAACCGCAUUUCGAGCGACACGAUCUUCACGACCACGGGCGACUCGGAAGGCGCGGGUAUCGUUGGCGUGAACAGGAAGGGCCAGGUGCUCGCUGUGAGUGUUGACGAGAGCACGAUCAUCCCCUAUCUUCUGCAGAAUUCGGAGAAUGCGGAGCUGGCAUACAAGCUGGCGUCAAGAGCAGGUCUUCCGGGAGCGGACAGCCUAUACCAGCAGCGAUUCGAGCAGCUGCUCAACCAAGGCGAUUACCAGAAUGCCGCAAAGACUGCUGCGAACUCUCCACAAGGUUUCCUCCGUACACCGCAAACGAUCGAGCGCUUCAAGUCGGUACCCGCGCAGCAGGGUCAGCUCUCGGUCAUCCUCCAGUACUUCGGCAUGCUCCUCGACAAGGGCAAGCUUAACCAGCACGAGACUCUAGAGCUCGCGCGACCAGUCCUGCUGCAGAACCGCAAGCACCUCCUCGAGAAAUGGAUGAAGGAGGGUAAGCUAGGAUGUUCCGAGCAGCUGGGUGAUCUGGUACGGGUGCACGACGUUGCGCUCGCGCAGCAGAUCUACCAGGAGGCGGGUGCGUCGCAGAAGGUGAUCGCUGCUAUGGCCGAGUCUGGGAGCUUCGAUCAGAUCUUGCCAUACUCGAGGAGUGUGGGGUAUACGCCUGAUUUCAACGGACUAUUGCAGCACAUCGCGAGGGUCAACCCUGAGAAAGCUGCCGAGUUCGCAACUAACAUCGCUCGCGAAGAUGCGUCUCUGAUAGAUGUCGAUCGGGCUGUCGACAUCUUCCAAUCCCAAGGCAUGGUUCAGCAAGCAACGGCCUUCCUACUGGAUGUGCUUCAGGCAGACAAGCCUGAGCAGGCACAAUUGCAGACACGGCUUCUCGAGAUGAACCUGACCAACGCACCGCAAGUCGCCGAUGCCAUCCUGGGUAAUGAAAUGUUCCACCACUACGACCGCGCGAGAGUCGCACAGCUCUGUGAGGGUGCCGGACUCAUGACUCGAGCCUUGGAGCACUACGACGAUCCUGCUAGCAUCAAGAGAGUCAUCGUGCAGACCGACAAGAUCGCCGAGGACUACCUGAUCACAUACUUCGGCCGCCUCACCGUUGAACUCGCCCUCGAGUGUCUGGACGAAAUGCUCAAGGUUAAUAUCCGCCAGAACCUCCAGGCCGUCAUCAAUAUUGCCAAGAAGUACUCGGAUCUCUUCGGGCCAACACAUAUCAUCGAUCUGCUGGAGAAGUACCGGACUGCUGAGGGCUUGUACUUCUAUCUGGGAGGCAUCGUCAACAUUAGUGAGGAUAAGGAUGUUACGUUCAAGUAUAUCGAGGCUGCGACCAGGAUGGGACAGCUGCAGGAAGUUGAGAGGGUGUGUCGGGAGUCAAACGCAUAUGACCCGGAACGCGUGAAGAACUUCCUGAAGGAGCAGAAACUGACUGAGCAGCUCCCACUCAUCAUCGUCUGCGACCGCUUCAACAUGAUCCACGACUUGGUCCUUUACCUCUACAAGAACCAGCAAUUCAAGUCCAUAGAGGUCUACGUCCAGCGCGUCAACCCGUCUCGGACACCCGCCGUCGUUGGCGGCCUUCUCGACGUCGACUGUGACGAAAACAUCAUCAAGGGCCUUCUCAGCUCUGUUUCGCCGGAGUCAAUACCGAUAGACGAGCUCGUGUCAGAAGUCGAGUCGAGGAAUCGAUUGAAGCUGCUCCUGCCAUUCCUGGAGAGCACGCUAGCGGCUGGCAAUCAGCAGCAAGCUGUUUACAAUGCGCUGGCCAAGAUCUACAUCGAUUCGAACAACAACCCGGAGGCUUUCUUGAAGGAGAACACACUCUACGACACGCUUGAAGUCGGCAAUUAUUGCAAGGCUCGCGAUCCUAACCUGGCUUUCAUUGCAUUUUCGAAGGGUCAGAAUGAUCUGGAGCUCAUCAACGUCACGAAUGAGAACAGUAUGUUCAGACAACAGGCACGAUAUCUUGUGGAAAGGAGCGAUCCGGAGGUAUGGAGUUACGUGCUCUCGGAUAACAACAUUCAUCGCCGUUCUCUGGUUGACCAGGUCAUCGCCACUGCCGUACCAGAAGCGCAGAAUCCCGAGCCGGUCAGCAUAACUGUAAAAAGUUUUAUCGAUAGUGAUAUGCCUCUGGAACUUAUUGAGCUGCUCGAGAAGAUUGUGCUCGAACCAUCUUCUUUCAGCGACAAUGCUAACCUCCAGAACCUGCUUAUGCUCACAGCUGCCAAAUCAGACAAGGGCAGGGUAGCUGGAUACAUUCAGCAGCUUGAUGCAUACAGUCCUGACGACAUCGCGGCGCAGUGCAUUGAAGUUGGCAUGUUCGAGGAGGCUUUCUUGAUCUACAAGAAGGCCAACGAGCACUACAAGGCCUCCGAAGUCCUCGUCGAUCACGUCGUCAGCAUUGACCGAGCACAAGAGUACGCUGACCAAGUCGACCUCCCGGAAGUCUGGAGCCGAGUAGCCAAGGCCCAACUUGAUGGCCUUCGCAUCACGGACUCCACCGAGAGCUACAUCCGCGCUCAAGACCCAUCUAACUUCCACGAAGUCAUCGAAACCGCCACCCACGCCGGCAAAGACGAGGACCUCAUCAAAUACCUUCGCAUGGCCCGCAAGACCCUCCGCGAACCCGCAGUUGACACCGGCCUCGCGUUCUGCUACGCCCGCACAAACCAACUCCCCGAGCUCGAAGAAUUCCUCCGCGGCACCAACGUCGCCAAUAUCGAGGAAUCCGGCGACAAAGCCUACGCAGAGGGCUACCACGAAGCUGCCAAGAUCUUCUUCACCUCCAUCUCCAACUGGGCGAAACUGGCUACCACCCUUGUGCAUCUGGGCGACUACCAGGGCGCGGUGGAGUGCGCUAGGAAAGCGAACAGCGUCAAGGUGUGGAAGCAAGUCAAUGAAGCGUGUGUGGAGAAGAAAGAGUUCCGGCUUGCCCAAAUUUGUGGCUUGAACUUGAUUGUGCAUGCGGAUGAGUUGGCGGAUUUGGUGAGGCAGUAUGAGAGGAACGGGUAUUUUGAUGAGUUGAUUUCGGUCCUUGAGGCCGGGUUGGGCCUAGAGAGGGCGCAUAUGGGCAUGUUCACUGAGUUGGGCAUUGCGCUCAGCAAGUACCAUCCUGAGCGGGUGAUGGAGCAUUUGAGGAUUUUCUGGGGCAGAAUCAACAUUCCGAAGAUGAUUAGGGCUUGCGAGGAAGCACACUUGUGGCCAGAGCUCGUUUUCCUCUACACGCACUACGAUGAGUUCGACAACGCCUCCCUUGCUAUGAUGGAACGCGCCUCGGAUGCCUGGGAACACCACACCUUCAAGGAGACCGUUAUCAAAGUGGCCAACCUCGAGAUCUAUUAUCGAGCUCUCAACUUCUACCUCCAAGAACAGCCAUCACUCAUCACGGAUCUUCUACAAGCACUGACGCCACGAAUCGAUGUCAGCCGAGUAGUACGCAUGUUCGAGAAGUCCGACAACAUCCCUCUGAUUAAGCCAUUUCUACUCAAUGUCCAAUCUCAAAACAAGCGAGCAGUCAACGAUGCUAUCAACGACCUGCUAAUCGAGGAAGAAGACCACAAGCAGCUGCGAGAUAGCGUGGAGAACUUCGACAACUACGAGGCGGUGGCGCUUGCACAGAGGCUGGAGAAGCACGAUCUUGUAUUCUUCCGACAAAUCGCUGCCAGCAUUUAUCGCAAGAACAAGCGAUGGGACAAGAGUAUCGCGCUUUCGAAGCAGGACAAGCUGUACAAGGACGCUAUCGAGACAUCUGCUAUCAGUGGACGAUCAGAGGUUGUGGAGGAGCUUCUACGAUACUUCGUCGACAUCGGCAGCAAAGAAUGCUACGUAGGCAUGCUCUACGCCUGCCACGACCUCAUCCCCAUGCACACCGUCAUGGAAAUCUCAUGGCGAAACAACCUCACCGACUUCACCAUGCCUUUCAUGAUCAACUACCUCGCGCAACAAGCCGCUACCAUCGAGACUCUGAAGAAGGAUAAUGAGGAGCGGAAGGCGAGAGAGAAGAGUGAGGGGAAGGGUGAGGAGGACACUCGACCGAUUCUGGGCCAGAGUCGGUUGAUGCUUACGCAGGGGCCGAUGGGGAAUGGGAUGGGUGCGCAGCAGGCGCCGUACGCGCAGACUAACGGGACGGGUAUGUAUGGUGGGUUCAGAUGA